GCCCGUGCCGCUGCGGCGACACGAGCGCUCCGCGUCGCUGCCCGCCUGCGACCUCGACCCCGCCAUCGCCAGCGUGCGCGACAAGAAGCGCUACUUCGAGGCGCAGAUGCGGCCCGGCGCCGCGCCGGAGGCCCUGCGCCGCGCGUCGGCCGCGCCGGCCGUGCCCGCGCGCGCCACCACGGAGCGCCUGGUGUCGCGCCAGAUCCACUCCGACAUCUUCCACAACGAGCUGGACGAGCGCAUCGAGGAGUCGGAGCCCGAGGCGAAGGCGCUGCCCACGCCCACGGCCGCGUCGCCCCCCGCCGCGGGCGUGCGCGCCAUGGCUCGCGCCUUCGACGCCUCCGCCGACGAGGACGCGCGCCGCAAGAAGCGCGAGGAUGACGCCGCCGCCGCCAAGCGCCGCCGCGACGCCGAGGACGAGCAGCGCCGCCGCCUCGAGGAGGAAGAGCAGCGGCGCCGCGAGCAGGAGGACGAGGAGCGGCGCCGGCGCCAGGACGAGGAAGAACGCCUGCGACGACAGGCCGAGAAGCAGGAACAGGAGGAGGAGGAGCGCAGACGCAGAGAGGCCGAAGAGCAGGAGAGAGCGCGCAAGGAGGAGGAAGCGAGGCUGCAGCGCCAGGCCGAGGAGAAGCUCAAACGCGAAGAGGAGGAGGCAAGACUGAAGCGGGAGGCCGAGGAGAAACGAAAGGAAGAGGAGAGACGAAAACUUGAAGAGGAAGAAAGACUGAAACGCGAAGCCGAGGAGCAACGAAAGAGAGAGGAAGAGGAGAGACUGAGAAGAGAAGAGGAGGAGAAGCGUAAACGAGAGGAGGAGGAGAGGAGGCAGAAGGAGGAAGAGGAGAAACGAAAACGAGAAGAAGAGGAACGGUUGAAACGAGAAGAGGAAGAAAAACAACGCUUAGCUUUAGAAGCGGAAAGAAAACGGUUAGAAGAAGAGGCGAAACGCAAACAGGAAGAGGAGGAACGAAAGAGACGCGAGGAAGAGGAAAGGAAGAAGAAAGAAGAAGAGGAGCGGAAAAAGAAAGAGGAGGAGGAGAGGAUUAAGAAAGAGGAAGAAGAAAAACGUAGACUCGCGGAAGAAGCAGAGCAAAAACGACUUGCCGAAGAACAAGAAAAACUCAGACUAGAAGAAGAGAGGCGCAAGAAGGAGGAGGAAGAACAGAGGAAACGGGAGGAGGAGGAGCAGAAGAGACGACUUGAGCAGGAAGCCGCCGAGGCGCAACGCCUGGCGGAGGAAGAGAGGCAGCGAGCGGAAGCAGAGGCCGCCGUGCGCCGCCAGCGCGAGGCCGAAGAGGACGAGUCCCGGCGCGUGGCCGCCCGGCCCGCCGGCCUGCCGCUCUCCCUGGCCCGAAGAGGUGUCUCUUCACGUGCGAGGAGGUGGCGUCGACGGACGCCGGGCCGCGCUGGCCGAGGCGCUGGCCGUCGUGGACAAGAGCGAGACGGAGGACUCCGAGAAGGCCCGCGCGGCGGCCGCCGCUCCGCCUCCGCCGCGGACUGGCCGGCCAUCACCGUCACCCUGUCGGGCAAGCAGCGCACCGACAGCGCCCCGGAGAGGAGGAGCGAGACGAGCAGCUGCGCAAGCUGCGCAGAGGGGAAGCGCGCGGUGGCGACGACUGCUGCGCGACCUGGAGGAGGCGCUGGCGGGCGGCCCGACUCAGCCCGAGCGCGGCCCGCCGCCGCCGCCGCGCCGCCGCCGAGUCGCACGGUGGGCGGUGCUGGCGCGCCUGGCCAGGAGGCCCCGCCGCCCGAGUUGGGUGGCGCGCGAUGGAGCGCCGUGCCAGCGCGCGGGAGACACCGCCGCACACGCCUCAGCGUGGAGAUCAGCCACGAGGACCUUGAGGGUCCAGCGGCGCCGACACCGACCUCAUCCCGCCCGCGACCGUCGCCCGGCCUGCCGCCCCCGCCGCCGCCCCCGCGCGGGCCGCCCGCCGGCGACGAGCUGGAGAAGACGCUCGCCGAGGUGCGCGAGUCGCUGGGCGCGGCGCAGGAGUCGCUGCUGGAGGAGCGCGCGGGCGCGGGCGGCGGCAAGCAGCAGAAGCCGUCGCCGUCCGAGUUCGAGUUCAAGGUGCUCUCGUUCGAGAGCUCGCUGCGCGAGCACAUCGAGGAGGCGCGCAGCGAGGACGCGCGCGCCGCGCAGGAGAGCGCGGGCCCGGCGGCGGGCGAGCACCGCACCACCCACGCCGCCGCCCGCGCCGCCCACCACGCGCAGGAGGACGCGCGCGCGCGACGCGUGCACGCAAUGGCCCCCGACGGCGCCGCGCUCGCUGAGGUACGUGAAGACGGCGGGCCCGUGUACUAG